UGGUGUGUUUCUCAAGUAAUAUUCUUAUACUGCCAAAAUAGGUACUGUAUAUUUUGAUUUGCAUUGUUUAUUUAUUUAUUUUGUUUUAUGAUUUGUUUCCCACUUAGCAUCGGAUGUUUUGUUAACCGCUGAUUUAAAUGGGGAUUUGACCAAGUUUGCAAGAAGAAUUACGCGGGGAGACAUAAUCGCAAGAAGAUUACCAACAUAUUAAAGAAAUCUACAAGGAGCUUUAGCAGUCAUAUCCAACACGUCAAAUCAAAGAAAAAAGACCAAACUGGCAAGAAGAUUCGAAUAGGAUUCAAGGGACAGCGUCUGUCAGAUGAAUACCGAAGUAUCAACAAUGAAAGUAUAGACACUGGAACUCCAACUAAGAGCAAAUUUUUGAUCAUAUAUUUAUAAAAGGUACUUCGUAUCAAGGAGAGAGAAGAAAAUAUUGCAAGAAGAAGAAAGUGAUUACUGGGACGCGCAUUCGUCAUACUAUCACUUGAUAGUCACUCGUAUCAAUUUAUCGCUAUUUCUCUAUUAUUUCUACGUAAUUGUUAUAGUAUUAUUGUUAUUUUUGAUUACUCUUGCGCCGCGCACACGCAAGAAUUGUCUUUGUAUGUGAUUUUUUUCGAGCUCAUUUUUGUCUUUGCGUGGCUCGUAAGAAGUGCAUUGAUUGUGUUGCGGCAGACUAUGGACGAACAAGCCCGGAUAAUGCAGGCUCUCGGCGGUGUCAGUCUGGCUGGUCACUCGGUACAGGGAGGCAUGGCAUUGCCGCCACCACACGGACACGAAGGGACGGAUGGGGACGGAAGAAAACAAGAUAUCGGGGACAUUCUGCAUCAAAUAAUGACUAUUACUGACCAAAGUCUGGAUGAGGCGCAAGCAAAGAAACACGGACUGAAUUGUCACAGAAUGAAACCUGCUCUUUUCAGCGUGCUCUGCGAGAUUAAAGAAAAAACAGGCCUCAGCAUCCGCGGCGCUCAGGAGGAGGAUCCCCCGGACCCCCAGCUCAUGCGGCUGGACAACAUGCUGCUGGCGGAGGGCGUGUCUGGGCCGGAGAAAGGGGGCGGGUCCGCCGCCGCUGCUGCCGCCGCCGCUGCGUCCGGAGGCGCGGCCGACAACUCCAUCGAGCACUCAGACUACAGAGCCAAACUGACCCAGAUCCGCCAGAUCUACCACACAGAGCUGGAGAAGUACGAGCAGGCGUGUAACGAGUUCACCACCCACGUGAUGAACCUGCUGAGGGAGCAGUCUCGAACCCGGCCCAUCUCACCCAAGGAGAUCGAGCGCAUGGUGGGCAUCAUCCACCGCAAGUUCAGCUCCAUCCAGAUGCAGCUGAAGCAGAGCACCUGCGAGGCCGUCAUGAUCCUGCGCUCCAGAUUCCUCGACGCCAGACGGAAAAGGCGGAACUUCAGCAAGCAGGCAACGGAAAUCCUGAACGAGUAUUUCUACUCCCACCUCUCGAACCCGUACCCCAGCGAAGAAGCCAAAGAGGAGCUGGCCAAGAAGUGUAGCAUCACCGUGUCCCAGGUGUCCAACUGGUUCGGGAACAAGAGGAUCCGGUACAAGAAGAACAUCGGAAAGUUCCAGGAGGAGGCCAACCUGUACGCCGCCAAGACAGCAGUGACGGCCGCCCACGCCGUCGCCGCAGCGGUGCAGAACAGCCAGACCAACUCGCCCACCACACCCAACUCCGGUUCCUCAGGUUCUUAUAACCUCCCAAACUCUGGGGACAUGUACAUGAGCAUGCAGAGUCUGAAUGGGGAUUCUUUCCAAGGGGCACAAGUUGGAGCCAAUGUGCAGUCACAGGUGGAUACCCUGCGUCAUGUUAUCAGUCAGACGGCAGGAUACAAUGAUGGCCUGGGGGGGAAUUCUAUGUACAGUCCACAUGGCUUAAACGCUAAUGGCGGAUGGCAGGAUGCUACCACUCCAUCCUCAGUGAUUUCUCCAACAGAAGGACCUGGAAGCGUACACUCUGAUACCUCUAACUGAUCACACUGACGCGUCCCCCCCCUUCCCCAAGCCGUAGAGCCCUGACUCACACAGACUGACCAACCAGAGAGCCUGAACAAACUCUUUCGGAACCAAUUGUCCGCUGGCAUCUUGUCAGGAACCCCCGCCCCCCCUCUUCGUCGGUAACUUCCGCCAUCUUGGACUCCUGAUUGUUCAGUGAAACUACACCACCCGCCCAUUGCUCUUUCAGCCAGAUACAUAUUUUUGUUUCCACCCUGGUUGACUUUUUAAUCAAUAUGUAUAUCUAAUAAAUAUCUACAUUCAAAUCCCUGCCUGAUGCCCGUUUGGACAGCAGCAGGUAAAACCUCGGAAGCAAAGGCGUGCGAAUGGAGCAAGGGCCAAAUCAGGCUCUUCUCUUGGGUGUUUGGUUUUUUAAUCUUCUCAUUUCUUGCUUUUUUUUUUUGGCAAAAUGUCCUUGAGUUCCCUUCUCCCUCUCUAGAAAGGCCUGUGUCCUCUGAUACAAAAACACUAAAGGUCCCAAUGAAAAUUAGAAUGGUCCUGACCAUGAAGUAUUUUAAGGAUCAAGUGUGCGUUGGUAUUACUCUGAUUCAGUCUGAUUUGGGAAAUGCAUAGCGUAACAUUAGUGGCAACUCUGAGUGUUGUGUUUCUCUCUAGGUUCACUGUCAUUGUACGUUUCUCCAUAGCCCAUUUAAAAAAGCAACAUCUGCGUCACAAGUUCAGUAUGCAAGAGUGAUUUCUGAUUAUUAUGUGCUAAUGUAUGUGCUCUACAGGGCUAAAGGCUACAGCUCCUGGCAGCUUGGGGAAUUCAUUUUUGAUUGUUUUUCUUUUUUUUUUUUUUUAACCUUACACCCAACAAUUUGCAAUGUUCGAGAAAUCUUUGCUGUGGCACUGAAUUAGAAGUGGAAAUAAAUCCACAACGCAUUCCAUUCUUGGGAAAUGCUUUUUAAAAAAAAAAAAACAAAAAAAACUGACGUCUUGACACCAUUUCUUGCAUAACUAAGUAAGUGAAGACAACCAUUCUUCGAUAUUUUUAACAUCAUUUUUUUUUUUUUAACUUGGAAGUCACAUUAUAUUGUAUGUCUUUAACCCAUUUUUGGAAAUAUCUAUGGGUCUUACAGUAAAGCCAAGCAGUCACCAUAUUCCCUCAUGGCAACUAAAGACACCAGUCACAUACGACGUAAUGUAUAUAAUGUAACUUAAGAGUAUAUAUACAUCCCACCAAUCAAAACACAGCUUUAUUACCUCAUGCGAACUCAUAGAAACCAAUAGAAUUUCAACAUGUUCUAUAGCUUAGAGUGCUCACUUACUACCUCUAAACAAUAUCACUACCAUUUUUUUGUCUUUUUUAUUUUGUAUUUUUAUUUAGUUCAUUUGAUUGCAUCUUGUAAUAAACACUUUG